UCUUUCUAGCAAUAAACAAUUUGGACGGUGGUCACCAUCUUAUUAUUUUAUAGGGGUUUUUUGGUAAACUUUUUGGAGUUCUUAAUAAUUUAUACCAAAAUCUGGGAACCAAUAGAAUUAAUGAAUAUUUUAGGGCGGGAUCUGACAACCCUUUCCUAAACCCUAACGCGAUUGCUUGAAAUCCUAAAACUCUUCUUCAUCACAGACAGAUUAUUUUCUUUAUUUCAUCUCCGUUUCCGGCAACGUCUUUUCACGUCACUGUCAGCAGCUAUAUUGGUGGCGGUGUUGAAAAAUCCGCUGAAAAAGAACUUCUAAACAAAUAGUGGAGAGGAUGAGUGGCAAUAGUCUUAAGAAUGUGUUGGCGGCAGCUGUCAUAACAGGGGUGACUGAAGCUAGGGCAAGGAUCUUUGGACAUGUACUGAACCCAACAGGACAGAGAUCUCCCCACAAGCUUUUACGUAAGAAGCUCAUCGGCGAGAAUGUUUCAAAAUGGUACCCACAUGACAUAAAAUGGGAUGACCCCCUUCUUAUGGCCCGAAAAGAACAAGAGCGCUUAUCCAAGCUUCAAAUGUUGAAGCGGCGUGGUAAGGGACCACCGAAGAAGGGCCAAGGAAAGCGUGCUGCCAAACGUAACAAGUAGAGAUAGUCCCAUCCCUUGCCAUUUGAAUUUGGUUGUAGUUGAUGUUUCAGGAUAUCUUGCUUAAUGUUGCAUAGUCUCCAAAAACAUUUGUAGAAGUUACAAAUCUUGAUUGGAUUGUAGAACUUGGGGAAAGCAAUAGUUCUGUAUGAGCAUCUUAUGACCUUGUGAAAGGCUGUUUGUUGGUCAUGAUGCUUCUUUUUCUUUGACUUUUUUAUCCUGGUGAGUAGCAGUGUAUGGUUCUAUUAGAUUGGUUGAAGGCUUUUAAAGUUAUGUAAUGCUCAAUCUAUUCAUGAUUUUGCCUCCCGUUCUGCAUCUGGAUUGUAUUAACCAACUAUGCUCUUCUGAGUUUUUAACUGACCUUCGUUCUGGGUGAGGGUAAAAAUAA